UCUUUGCUGCAUCAGCACAGACACUGAGAGAUUAUGAUUGGAUCCCAGGAAGCAAGAUAAGAUUUUAUUUUCAUUUUUUUCCUGCAACCAUAAGGUGUAAGGUGAAGAUCUGUUAUAAACUCGAGUUGAAAGAUUGAAACAUUGCCGUGAUUUGAUGGAAUUCUGAGAUUACCGAUGGAUCUGCAUGUAUUACCUACACUUCUUGUUAUCCUCUUAGUUCUAGGUGUUACUUCUGGUCAAACAACUUCUGAAUCUGGAGAUCUCCUCUAUCCUUACGGAUCCACAAUUGACACAUCCAGUCCGAAAUCAGACGAUGGAGGAUCGCCAUUAAUUAAUUCUUCCAGGGACAUCCCACUUUUUGGGAGAAUCUACUCCUCUCUAUAUGUAAAUAAUAAUGGAUUGUUAUCAUUCCAAUCACCGAUCAGUGAAUAUUUGCCACAAGUUCUUCCCGUUACGUCUGAAAACCCGUUCCUGGCCAUCUUCUGGUCUGAUGUAGAUAACAGAUUAGAAGGCGAUAUUUAUUACCGUCAGAGCACCGAUCCCGAUCUUCUGUCCCGGGCCACCUCCGAUAUCAGAACUUACUUCCAUAAUGUGGAGUUUACGGCUCAGUGGGUGUUUGUAGCCACGUGGCAUCAAGUUCCAUAUUUAGGAUCAAAGACAAGCAGGGUGAACACAUUCCAGGCUGUCCUAAGCACUGAUGGCAACCAGACGUUCCUUCUCUACAAUUAUAAAGAUAUUCAGUGGCCAGGUAUACAAAUUGAUAGCUUCAAUCAAUAUGGACCUUUGACCAUGGCUGGGCUGAACAGUGGGCGCAGUUCAGGAUACUUCACACUCCCAGGAUCCUUCUUUUCCAAUCUCGCUGAUCUGCUAUACAGAGGCAACAUCAAUCUGUACGGACGUUGGGCUUUCCGAGUGGACACCCCCCAUCCACAAGACAUUUACGGUGAUAUAGAUGAUUCCAUAAAUUAUCCUUUGGAUACAACUACAACGGGACCGCAGUAUCCCCAAACCACAACGAUUGCUACUUCUCCUGUCAUAUUUUCUUCAGAUCUUCUCUACCCAUAUGGACCCGUUAUUGACAUUAUCAACCCAAAAAUAGAUGAUGGAGGAUCUCCAAUAAUAUAUCUUUCCAGAAACGUCCCACUUUUUGGAAGAUAUUACUCUUAUCUCUAUGUGAAUAAUAAUGGUUUGUUAUCAUUUCACUCGCCAAUCAGUCAAUUUGUUCCACAAGCUCUUCCCGUUGCUUUUGGAAACCCGUUCCUGGCUAUCUUCUGGUCUGAUAUAGAUAAUAGAUUAGCGGGUGAUAUAUAUUACCGUGAGAGCACCGAUCCCGAUCUUCUGUCCCGGGCCACCUCCGAUGUCAGAACUUACUUCCACGCCGGGAAUUUCACAGCUCGGUGGGUGUUUGUAGUCACAUGGCACCAGGUUGCGUAUUAUGGAUCUUCAACAUACAAGGUGAACACAUUCCAGGCUGUCCUGAGCACCGAUGGCAAUCAGACCUUCCUUCUGUACAAUUAUGAAGAUAUUCAGUGGCCAAGUUUGAGUUGGAAUAGUUACUCCGAGGACGGACAUUCAGCAUUGGCCGGGCUGAACAGCGGCUACGAUACCGGAUACUACACACUCCCAGGAUCCCUCACACUCUCUGUAGCCCAUUUAUCAUCUACAAGCAACGUCAAUGUGACCGGACGUUGGGCAUUUAAAGUGGACCAACUACAUCCAGAAGAUGUCAAUGGAAAUAUAGAUGAUUCUACAGAAAAUGAAAAUUCUACGGACAUUCCACCUGUUCCAUUGACAACUACACCUGGACCAUUCACCACACACACCACGACUAAUACCACUCCUUUCAUAUUGUCUUCAGAUCUCCUCUACCCAUACGGAUCCGCUAUCGACAUUAUCAAUCCAAGGGCACUUGAUGGAGGAUCUCCAAUGAUAUUUUCUUCCAGACAAAUCCCACUUUUUGGAAGAUAUUACUCUUAUCUUUAUGUGAAUAAUAAUGGUCUGUUAUCAUUCAGCUCACCAAUCAGUGAAUAUAUACCACAAGCUCUUCCUGUUGCAUUUGGAAACCCGUUCCUGGCUAUCUUCUGGGCUGAUAUAGAUAAUAGAUUAGCGGGUGAUAUAUAUUAUCGUGAGAGCACCGAUCCCGCUCUUCUGUCCCGGGCCACCUCCGAUGUCAGAACUUACUUCCAUGCCGGGAAUUUCACAGCUCAGUGGGUGUUUGUGGCCACAUGGCACCGAGUUCCGUAUUAUGAAUCUUCAACAAACCGGGUGAACACAUUCCAGGCUGUCCUGACCACCGAUGGCAAUCAGACCUUCCUUCUGUACAAUUAUGAUGAUAUUCAGUGGCCGAGCAUUUAUGCCUAUGGUCACUACCAACAUGGACCUUUGACCUUGGCUGGACUGAACAGCGGCUAUGAUACCGGAUACUACACACUCCCAGGAUCCCUCACACCCUCCAUCGCCAAUUUAUCAUCUACAAGCAACGUCAAUGUAACCGGACGUUGGGCAUUUAAAGUGGACAAAUUACAUCCAGAGGAUGUCAAUGGAAAUAUAGAUAAUUCUACAGGAAGUGGAAAUUCCACUGACAUUCCAUUGACUACAACUGGACCAUUCACCACACGCACCACAACCGUUACCUCUCCUUUCAUAUUGUCUUCAGAUCUGCUCUACCCAUAUGGAUCUGCAAUUGAUAUUAGCAGUCCAAAGACAGAUGAUGGAGGAUCUCCGAGAAUAUUUCCAUCCAGGAACAUCCCACUAUUUGGGAGAAAUUACUCUUAUCUCUACGUGAAUAAUAAUGGUCUGUUAUCAUUUGCAUCAUCAAUCAGUCAAUUUACACCACAACCUCUUCCUGUUGCUUAUGGAAACCCGUUCCUGGCUAUCUUCUGGGCUGAUAUAGAUAAUAGAUUAGCGGGUGAUAUAUAUUAUCGUGAGACCACAGAUCCCGCUCUUCUGUCCCGGGCCACCUCCGAUAUCAGAACUUACUUCCAUGCUGUGAAUUUCACAGCUCAGUGGGUGUUUGUAGCCACAUGGCACCGAGUUGCCUAUUAUGGAUCUUCAACACACAAGGUGAACACCUUCCAGACCGUCCUGAGCACAGAUGGUAAUCAAACCUUCCUUUUGUACAAUUAUGAAGAUAUCCAGUGGCCGAGUAUGUCUGGAAAUGGUUCCUCUUGGGUUGGACCUUUGGCAUUGGCCGGGCUGAACAGCGGCUAUGAGACCGGAUACUACACACUCCCAGGAUCCCUCACACCCUCCAUCGCCAAUUUAUCAUCUACAAGCAACGUCAAUGUAACCGGACGUUGGGCAUUUAAAGUGGACAAAUUACAUCCAGAGGAUGUCAAUGGAAGUAUAGAUAAUUCUACAGAAAAUGCGAACUCUACGGACACCCCAUCGACAACCACGCCUGGACCCUUCACCACACGCUCCACAACUAUUACCUCUCCUUUUAUACUGUCUUCAGAUCUCCUCUACCCCUAUGGAUCUGCUAUUGACACCGUCAACCCAAAGAUAGAUGACGGAGGAUCGUCAAUCAUAUAUUCUUAUAGAGAAAUCCCACUUUUUGGAAGAAACUACUCCUAUUUUUAUGUGAAUAAUAAUGGUCUGUUAUCAUUCAUUACAUCAAUCAGUCAAUAUAUACCACAAGCUCUUCCCGUUGCAUUUGGAAACCCGUUCCUGGCUAUCUUCUGGACAGAUGUAGAUAAUAGCUUAGCGGGUGAUAUAUAUUACCGUGAGAGCACCGAUCCCGAUCUUCUGUCCCGGGCCACCUCCGAUGUCAGAACUUACUUCCAUGCCGGGAAUUUCACAGCUCAGUGGGCGUUUGUAGCCACAUGGCACCGCGUUACGUAUUUUGGAUCUUCAACAAACAAGGUCAACACAUUUCAGGCCGUUCUGACCACCGAUGGCAAUCAGACCUUCCUUCUGUACAAUUAUGAUGAUAUUCAGUGGCCGAGUAUUUAUGCCUAUGGUUUCUACCAAUAUGGACCUUUGGCAUUGGCCGGACUGAACAGCGGCUAUGAUACCGGAUACUACACACUCCCAGGAUCCCUCACACUCUCCAUCGCCAAUUUAUCAUCUACAAGUAACGUCAAUGUGACCGGACGUUGGGCAUUUAAAGUGGACAAACUGCAUCCAGAAGAUGUCAAUGGAAAAAUAGAUGAUUCUACAGAAAAUGAAAAUUCUACAGUUUCUCCAUUGACAACGACACCUGGACCCUUCACCACAAGCUCCACAACUAAUACUUCUCCAUUCAUAUUGUCUUCAGAUCUGCUCUACCCAUAUGGAUCUGCAAUUGACAUUAUCAAUCCAAAGUCAGAUGAUGGAGGAUCUCCAACAAUAUUUCCUUCAAGAGACAUCCCACUAUUUGGGAGAAAUUACUCUUAUCUCUAUGUGAAUAAUAAUGGUCUGUUAUCAUUUGCAUCAUCAAUCAGUCAGUUUGUACCACAAGCUCUUCCUGUUGCUUUUGGAAACCCGUUCCUGGCUAUCUUCUGGGCUGAUAUAGAUAAUAGAGUAGCGGGUGAUAUAUAUUAUCGUGAGAGCACCGAUCCCUCUCUUCUGUCCCGGGCCACCUCCGAUAUCAGAACUUACUUCCAUGCCGUAAAUUUCACAGCUCGGUGGGUGUUUGUAGCCACAUGGCACCGAGUUGCGUAUUUUGGUUCUUCAACAAACAAGGUGAACACAUUUCAGGCUGUCCUGAGCACCGAUGGCAAUCAGACCUUCCUUCUGUACAAUUAUGAAAAUAUUCAGUGGCCAACUAUGAGUUGGAAUAAUUUCUCCCAGGAUGGACCAUUGACAUUGGCUGGACUGAACAGCGGCUAUGAGACCGGAUACUACACACUCCCAGGAUCCCUCACACUCUCAGUCGCCAAUUUAUCAUCUACAAGCAACGUCAAUGUAACCGGACGUUGGGCAUUUAAAGUGGACAAACUACAUCCAGAAGAUGUCAAUGGAAACAUAGAUAAUUCUACAGAAAAUGAAAAUUCUACGAGCACUCCAUUGACAACUACGUCUGGACCCAAUACCACACCCUCCACAACUAUUACCUCUCCAUUCACACGCAACACAACUUAUACUUCUCCUUUUAUACAGUCUUCAGAUCUGCUCUACCCAUAUGGAUCUGCAAUUGACAUUAUCAAUCCAAAGAUAGAUGAUGGAGGAUCUCCACCAAUAUUUCCAUCCAGGAACAUCCCACUAUUUGGAAGAAAUUACUCUUAUCUCUAUGUGAAUAAUAAUGGUCUGUUAUCAUUUGCAUCAUCAAUCAGUCAAUUUACACCACAAGCUCUUCCUGUUGCUUUUGGAAACCCGUUCUUGGCUAUCUUCUGGGCUGAUGUAAAUAAUGCAUUAGCGGGUGAUAUAUAUUAUCGUGAGAGCACCGAUCCCUCUCUUCUGUCCCGAGCCACCUCCGAUAUCAGAACUUACUUCCAUGCCGUGAAUUUCACAGCUCAGUGGGUGUUUGUAGCCACAUGGCACCGCGUUGCUUAUUAUGGUUCUUCAACAAACAAGGUGAACACAUUUCAGGCUGUGCUGAGCACCGAUGGCAAUCAGACCUUCCUUCUGUACAAUUAUGAAAAUAUUCAGUGGCCAACUAUGAGUUGGAAUAAUUUAUCCCAGGAUGGACCAUUGACAUUGGCUGGACUGAACAGCGGCUAUGAGACCGGAUACUACACACUCCCAGGAUCCCUCACAAUCUCAGUCGCCAAUUUAUCAUCUACAAGCAACGUCAAUGUAACCGGACGUUGGGCAUUUAAAGUGGACAAACUACAUCCAGAAGAUGUCAAUGGAAAUAUAGAUAAUUCUACAGAAAAUGAAAAUUCUACGAGCACUCCAUUGACAACUAUGUCUGGACCCAAUACCACACCCUCCACAACUAUCACCUCUCCAUUCACACGCAACACAACUUAUACUUCUCCUUUUAUACAGUCUUCAGAUCUGCUCUACCCAUAUGGAUCUGCAAUUAACAUUAUCAAUCCAAAGAUAGAUGAUGGAGGAUCUCCACCAAUAUUUCUAUCCAGGAACAUCCCACUAUUUGGAAGAAAUUACUCUUAUCUCUAUGUGAAUAAUAAUGGUCUGUUAUCAUUUGCAUCACCAAUCAGUCAAUUUACACCACAACCUCUUCCUGUUGCUUUUGGAAACCCGUUCUUGGCUAUCUUCUGGGCUGAUGUAAAUAAUGCAUUAGCGGGUGAUAUAUAUUAUCGUGAGAGCACCGAUCCCUCUCUUCUGUCUCGGGCCACCUCCGAUAUCAGAACUUACUUCCAUGCCGUGAAUUUCACAGCUCGGUGGGUGUUUGUAGCCACAUGGCACAGAGUUGCGUACUUUGGUUCUUCAACAAACAAGGUGAACACAUUUCAGGCUGUGCUGAGCACCGAUGGCAAUCAGACCUUCCUUCUGUACAAUUAUGAAAAUAUUCAGUGGCCAACUAUGAGUUGGAAUAAUUUUUCCCAGGAUGGACCAUUGACAUUGGCUGGACUGAACAGCGGCUAUGAGACCGGAUACUACACACUCCCAGGAUCCCUCACACUCUCAGUCGCCAAUUUAUCAUCUACAAGCAAUGUCAAUGUGACCGGACGUUGGGCAUUUAAAUUGGACAAACUACAUCCAGAGGAUGUCAAUGGAAAUAUAGAUAAUUCUACAGCAAAUCAAAAUUCUACGAGCACUCCAUUGACAACCACGUCUGGACCCAACACCACACGCUCCACAACUAUCACCUCUCCAUUCACACGCAACACAACUUAUACUUCUCCAUUUAUACAGUCUUCAGAUCUGCUCUACCCAUAUGGAUCUGCAAUUGACAUUAUCAAUCCAAAGAUAGAUGAUGGAGGAUCUCCAAAAAUAUUUCCAUCCAGGAACAUCCCACUAUUUGGAAGAACUUACUCUUAUCUCUAUGUGAAUAAUAAUGGUCUGUUAUCAUUUGCAUCAUCAAUCAGUCAAUUUACACCACAAGCUCUUCCGGUUGCUUUUGGAAACCUGUUCCUGGCUAUCUUCUGGGCUGAUGUAAAUAAUGCAUUAGCGGGUGAUAUAUAUUAUCGUGAGAGCGCUGAUCCCUCUCUUCUGUCUCGGGCCACCUCCGAUGUCAGAACUUACUUCCAUUCCGUGAAUUUCACAGCUCGGUGGGUGUUUGUAGCCACAUGGCACAGAGUUGCGUAUUAUGGUUCUUCAACAAACAAGGUGAACACAUUUCAGGCUGUCCUGACCACCGAUGGCAAUCAAACCUUCCUUCUGUACAAUUAUAAAGAUAUUCAGUGGCCUAAUAUUAAUGGUUUCUCCCGGGAUGGACCUUUAGCAUUGGCUGGCCUGAACAGCGGCUUUGAGACCGGAUACUACACACUUCCAGGAUCCCUCACACUCUCAGUCGCCAAUUUAUCAUCUACAAGCAACGUCAAUGUAACCGGACGUUGGGCAUUUAAAGUGGACAAAAUACAUCCAGAAGAUGUUAACGGAAAUAUAGAUAAUUCUACAGCAAAUGAAAAUUCUACGAGCACUCCAUUGACAACUACGUCUGGACCCAACACCACACGCUCCACAACUAUUACCUCUCCAUUCACACGCAACACAACUUAUACUUCUCCUUUUAUACAGUCUUCAGAUCUGCUCUACCCAUAUGGAUCUGCAAUUGACAUUAUCAAUCCAAAGACAGAUGAUGGAGGAUCUGCAAAAAUAUUUCCAUCCAGGAACAUCCCACUAUUUGGGAGAAAUUACUCUUAUCUCUAUGUAAAUAAUAAUGGUCUGUUAUCAUUUGCAUCAUCAAUCAGUCAAUUUACACCACAAGCUCUUCCUGUUGCUUUUGGAAACCCGUUCCUGGCUAUCUUUUGGGCUGAUGUAAAUAAUGCAUUAGCGGGUGAUAUAUAUUAUCGUGAGAGCACCGAUCCCUCUCUUCUGUCUCGGGCCACCUCCGAUAUCAGAACUUACUUCCAUUCCGUGAAUUUCACAGCUCGGUGGGUGUUUGUAGCCACAUGGCACAGAGUUGCUUAUUAUGGUUCUUCAACAAACAAGGUGAACACAUUUCAGGCUGUCCUGACCACCGAUGGUAAUCAGACCUUCCUUCUGUACAAUUAUAAAGAUAUUCUGUGGCCAACUAUGAGUUUUAAUGGUUUCUCCCGGGAUGGACCUUUGGCAUUGGCUGGCCUGAACAGCGGCUUUGAGACCGGAUACUACACACUUCCAGGAUCCCUCACACUCUCAGUCGCCAAUUUAUCAUCUACAAGCAACGUCAAUGUAACCGGACGUUGGGCAUUUAAAGUGGACAAAAUACAUCCAGAAGAUGUUAACGGAAAUAUAGAUAAUUCUACAGCAAAUGAAAAUUCUACGAGCACUCCAUUGACAACUACGUCUGGACCCAAUACCACACGCUCCACAACUAUUACCUCUCCAUUCACACGCAACACAACUUAUACUUCUCCUUUUAUACAGUCUUCAGAUCUGCUCUACCCAUAUGGAUCUGCAAUUGACAUUAUCAAUCCAAAGACAGAUGAUGGAGGAUCUCCAAAAAUAUUUCCAUCCAGGAACAUCCCACUAUUUGGGAGAAAUUACUCUUAUCUCUAUGUAAAUAAUAAUGGUAUGUUAUCAUUUGCAUCAUCAAUCAGUCAAUAUACACCACAAGCUCUUCCUGUUGCUUUUGGAAACCCGUUCCUGGCUGUCUUCUGGGCUGAUGUAAAUAAUGCAUUAGCGGGUGAUAUAUAUUACCGUGAGAGCACCGAUCCCUCUAUUCUGUCUCGGGCCACCUCCGAUGUCAGAACUUACUUCCAUUCCGUGAAUUUUACAGCUCGGUGGGUGUUUGUAGCCACAUGGCACCGAGUUGCUUAUUAUGGUUCUUCAACAAACAAGGUGAACACAUUUCAGGCUGUCCUGACCACCGAUGGUAAUCAGACCUUCCUUCUGUACAAUUAUAAAGAUAUUCUGUGGCCAACUAUGAGUUUUAAUGGAUUCUCCCGGGAUGGACCUUUGGCAUUGGCUGGCCUGAACAGCGGCUUUGAGACGGGAUACUACACACUUCCUGGAUCCCUCACACUUUCAGUCGCCAAUAUUUCAUCUACAAGCAACGUCAAUGUGACCGGACGUUGGGCAUUUAAAGUGGACAAAAUACAUCCAGAAGAUGUCAACGGAAAUAUAGAUAAUUCUACAGCAAAUCAAAAUUCUACGAGCACUCCAUUGGCAACUACGUCUGGACCCAAUACCACACGCUCCACAACUAUUACCUCUCCAUUCACACGCAACACAACUUAUACUUCUCCUUUUAUACAGUCUUCAGAUCUGCUCUACCCAUAUGGAUCUGCAAUUGACAUUAUCAAUCCAAAGACAGAUGAUGGAGGAUCUUCAAAAAUAUUUCCAUCCAGGAACAUCCCACUAUUUGGGAGAAAUUGCUCUUAUCUCUAUGUGAAUAAUAAUGGUCUGUUAUCAUUUGCAUCAUCAAUCAGUCAAUUUACACCACAAGCUCUUCCUGUUGCUUUUGGAAACCCAUUCCUGGCUAUCUUCUGGGCUGAUGUAAAUAAUGCAUUAGCGGGUGAUAUAUAUUAUCGUGAGAGCACCGAUCCCUCUCUUCUGUCUCGGGCCACCUCCGAUGUCAGAACUUACUUCCAUUCCGUGAAUUUCACAGCUCGGUGGGUGUUUGUAGCCACAUGGCACAGAGUUGCGUAUUAUGGUUCUUCAACAAACAAGGUGAACACAUUUCAGGCUGUCCUGACCACCGAUGGCAAUCAAACCUUCCUUCUGUACAAUUAUAAAGAUAUUCAGUGGCCUAAUAUUAAUGGUUUCUCCCGGGAUGGACCUUUAGCAUUGGCUGGACUCAACAGCGGCUAUGAGACAGGAUACUACACACUCCCAGGAUCCCUCACACUCUUCGUCGCCAAUUUAUCAUCUACAAGCAACGUCAAUGUAACCGGACGUUGGGCAUUUAAAGUGGACAAACUACAUCCAGAAGAUGUCAAUGGAAAUAUAGAUAAUUCUACAGCAAAUGAAAAUUCUACGAGCACUCCAUUGACAACUACGUCUGGACCCAAUACCACACGCUCCACAACUAUUACCUCUCCAUUCACACGCAACACAACUUAUACUUCUCCUUUUAUACAGUCUUCAGAUCUGCUCUACCCAUAUGGAUCUGCAAUUGACAUUAUCAAUCCAAAGAUAGAUGAUGGAGGAUCUUCAAAAAUAUUUCCAUCCAGGAACAUCCCACUAUUUGGGAGAAAUUACUCUUAUCUCUAUGUGAAUAAUAAUGGUCUGUUAUCAUUUGCAUCAUCAAUCAGUCAAUUUACACCACAAGCUCUUCCUGUUGCUUUUGGAAACCCAUUCCUGGCUAUCUUCUGGGCUGAUGUGGAUAAUGCAUUAGCGGGUGAUAUAUAUUACCGUGAGAGCACCGAUCCCUCUCUUCUGUCUCGGGCCACCUCCGAUGUCAGAACUUACUUCCAUUCCGUGAAUUUUACAGCUCGGUGGGUGUUUGUAGCAACAUGGCACCGAGUUGCUUAUUAUGGUUCUUCAACAAACAAGGUGAACACAUUUCAGGCUGUCCUGACCACCGAUGGUAAUCAGACCUUCCUUCUGUACAAUUAUAAAGAUAUUCUGUGGCCAACUAUGAGUUUUAAUGGAUUCUCCCGGGAUGGACCUUUGGCAUUGGCUGGACUGAACAGCGGCUAUGAGACUGGAUACUACACACUUCCAGGAUCCCUCACACUCUCAGUCGCCAAUUUUUCAUCUACAAGCAACGUCAAUGUAACCGGACGUUGGGCAUUUAAAGUGGACAAAAUACAUCCAGAAGAUGUCAAUGGAAAUAUAGAUAAUUCUACAGCAAAUCAAAAUUCUACGGGCACUCCAUUGACAACUACUUCUGGACCCAAUACCACACGCUCCACAACUAUUACCUCUCCAUUCACACGCAACACAACUUAUACUUCUCCUUUUAUACAGUCUUCAGAUCUGCUCUACCCAUAUGGAUCUGCAAUUGACAUUAUCAAUCCAAAGACAGAUGAUGGAGGAUCUCCAAAAAUAUUUCCAUCCAGGAACAUCCCACUAUUUGGGAGAAAUUACUCUUAUAUCUAUGUGAAUAAUAAUGGUCUGUUAUCAUUUGCAUCAUCAAUCAGUCAAUUUACACCACAAGCUCUUCCUGUUGCUUUUGGAAACCCGUUCCUGGCUAUCUUCUGGGCUGAUGUAAAUAAUGCAUUAGCAGGUGAUAUAUAUUAUCGUGAGAGCACCGAUCCCUCUCUUCUGUCCCGGGCCACCUCCGAUAUCAGAACUUACUUCCAUGCCAUGAAUUUUACAGCUCGGUGGGUGUUUGUAGUCACAUGGCACAGAGUUGCGUAUUUUGGUUCUUCAACAAACAAGGUGAACACAUUUCAGGCUGUCCUGAGCACCGAUGGCAAUCAGACCUUCCUUCUGUACAAUUAUGAAGAUAUUCAGUGGCCGAGUACGAAUGGUUUCUCUUGGGAUGGACCUUUGGCUUUGGCUGGACUAAACAGUGGCUAUGAGAGUGGAUACUACACACUCCCAGGAUCCCUCAAAAUCUCAGUCGCCAAUUUAUCAUCUACAAGCAACGUCAAUGUAACCGGCCGUUGGGCAUUUAAAGUGGACAAAUUACAUCCAGAAGAUACCAAUGGAAAUUUAGAUAAUUCUACUGAAAAUGAAAAUUCUACGGGCACUCCAUUGACAACGACACCUGGACCCAUCACCACGCGCUCCACCACUAUUACCUCGCCAUUCACACGCAACACAACGAAUACCUCUCCUUUCAUACAGUCUUCAGAUAAUUCUACAGAAAAUGAAAAUUCUACAGACUCUCCAUUGACAACAACACCUGGACCCUUCACCACACGCUCCACAACUAACACCUCUUCAUUCACACGCUCCACAACUAAUACCUCUUCAUUCACACGCACCACAACUUAUACUUCUCCUUUUAUACGGUCUUCAGAUCUCCUCUACCCAUAUGGAUCCACUAUUGACAUUGUCAAUCCAAAGGCAGAUGAUGGAGGAUCUUCAGUGAUAUUUUCUUCUAGACAAAUCCCACUUUUUGGAACAGCUUACUCUUAUCUUUAUGUGAAUAAUAAUGGUCUGUUAUCAUUUGCAUCACCCAUCAGUCAAUAUGUACCACAAGCUCUUCCUGCUGCAUUUGGAAACCCGUUCCUGGCUAUCUUCUGGUCUGAUGUAGAUAAUGGAGUAGCGGGUGAUAUAUAUUAUCGUGAGAGCACCGAUCCCUCGCUUCUGUCCCGGGCCACCUCCGAUAUCAGAACUUACUUCCAUGCCGUGAAUUUCACAGCUCAGUGGGUGUUUGUAGCCACGUGGCACCGAGUUGCAUAUUUUGGAUCUUCAACAAACAAGGUGAACACUUUCCAGGCUGUCCUGAGCACUGAUGGCAAUCGGACCUUCCUUCUGUACAAUUAUGAAGAUAUUCAGUGGCCGAGUACACAUGUAAAUGGUUCCUACCAAGAUGGACGUUUGGCAUUGGCUGGACUGAACAGUGGAUAUGCCACAGGAUACUAUACACUCCCAGGGUCCCUUUCGUUAGGCAUUGCCAAUUUAGCAAACACAAGUAACGUCAACUUUACUGGACGUUGGGCAUUUAGAGUGGACCAGCUGCAUCCCGAAGAUGCCAAUGGAAAUAUUGAUAAUUCAAAUGAAACUGCCACAAACUGGACCACGGCUACACCAAACAACACAGCUGUACCUACAACCACUUCUUCAGUACGACUUUCUACCUCUAGAGUGAGCACAAGUCCUCCCAACACAAGUCCUCAAACAAGGAACUCAACGUUUGGGGUGACAAAUGCAACUUCUCAAUCUACACCUCCUGGUCUGUCGUCUGCAAAUACUACCUCUUCCAAUACAACAAAUGUCGAAAGGGACUGGCUAUCUACUUUCCCCAUCGGUGGGACCGUAAGGGCACUGUAUUCUACAGCAUCCAAGCCUUCAACAGUUGGAUUCUUUUUUAUUUGUUUUACAGUUUUUAUUGUAUUGUGCUGAGUUGGAUUUAUUUAAAUCAUCAAGUCUAAAAAAUUAUUUGUUUUUUUAAUCACGAGGUGAAAAUUAUACUCUUACCAACUGACUCCACGCUUCUUAAAUUUCUUCUUUAUACUUGCCUUAGUUGGCUGAUCGUGACCCACGGUAAUCUUCACAGCCUCUGGCCAAGAUUGUCCUUCUCCUCUCUCGGCCUACACUGUAGAGCCCCUAAGACUUUAAUGGAACCAUCUCCCGAGUGUCUUCUGUAUCAGAGUAUUCUAAGUACUGUUAGCCUUUAAGAGAUAACCCACAUACUCUACCACCCAAAGCUUUAGAGCAGGGAUAGGCAACCCUGGAGAGGUGAAGGUCUACCUGAACAACAGCAAGGAGAUCAAAGAUCACCAGGGUGCAGCAAAUAGUUUUUAAGGAGAUAACCUAGCAAGGAGUACCUUUUAAAAAGUAGACAUGUGCACACUGAAAUAUUCUGUUUCGGAAUUUAGUUUUCGCAUGAAAAAUAAAAUUAUUUUGUUAC